AUGUUGACAAAAUUCCAGGCUUGUGCUUACGCACCCACUGUGGCUUCAUUCACCCAAUGCGUCGAGGAAUUCACCAGAUGUGGACGGAAGGUUGUUCCCGCAUUCGUAAAAGACUUACCCCUUCAAUUUUGGGCUAAUGUUUACUUCCGCGGUUCACGGUACGGUGAGAUGAGUUCCAAUGCCGUUGAAUCGUUCAACUCGUGGAUACGGGAAGCACGCCACCUACCAAUAACUCAAUUGGUUGACAGUAUUCGAGUUAAUAUUAUGCGUCAGAUGACGAAACGCAGAAUAAAAGCACAAGCGUGGCCCGGUGUUAUUUGCCCAAAAAUGGAAGCUCGUUUGGUCAAAGCGUACAACAAAGGUAGAUCAUGGCUUGUAAGCCAAUCCACCGACAAUGUCUACGAGGUCCAUUCUUUUCCAUCCGUCAUGGUUGACGUUGGCAAACGUACAUGUUCUUGUUUCAAGUGGCAAAUCAAUGGAUUUCCAUGCUCUCACGCAGUUGUUGCUAUCCGAAACAGCGGACUCGACCUCUAUGAUUUAGUUGCUGAAUUUUACCACGUCACUGCUUACCGAAACUCAUACGAACAAAACAUACAACCCAUUCCAACUAUUGAGAAACCACCAUUCAAUCCAUCUGAUUUUGUCAUACAACCACCGUCGGUCAAAUGA